AUUGAAAAAAGGACAGUUGUUGAUAGCACAAAUGACGGUUCCCCGGUAUUUUUGGUAUUUCCUCAAGUCCUGAAAAUAUUUAUAGUUGUGUAGUAGUAUAGAAGUGUGUCAUUUUUGUGAGAUGAUUUGUAUUCAUAGUAGAAAUUCUGAAAUAUUGCAACAUGUCAUUGCAAGUCGGAAUUAUUGAAUGCGGGUAGUUUUGUUUGAGAAAGAUUAUCCCGCCAGUCACAGAUUCGAUUCCAAUGGUCGUUCUAAACUUGGUUCUAGCUGCUUCCGUUACUGGCCAUAGGUUCUAUGUAUAUGUAUGCUCAAAUGCCUCAGUGGGAUCCCUGAACUUUUCGCAAUGUGAAUAUCUAUAAGUGUAUAUCGCUGAAUUUAUAUGCAGCAAGUAAACAUUUAAAUACCUUGCAAACAGCACCUUGGAAUUGCACAUUUAUCCAAAUGAAUUUGAGGAAGUGAAGUCACAACAAAACGAGCCAAUAGAUGGAUCAGAUGAAUUAGGGGAUGAUUGUGGAUGGUUUCGCUGGAACGCUGUUAGAUGGCUUGUCGCUCGUGCCGUUGCCGUUGGAAGUCGGUUAUAUUUCAGAUUACGUUAGUAUGAAGCGAUCGGGUGUGGUCGAGAUAUGGAGUAUAGUAGACACCAGUAGGCACGGAGAGUUGAGAAGUGACGCGACAACUACGUGUGUGUACCUUGGUGUAGUGUGUUGAAGAUUAUUUUGUUAUCGCACAAUUACUUACACACAUCGAAAUGAUUGCGGGCUGGAAAUUGGUCUCGUUGCUGAUAAUAGUUUUAGCCACGUGCGUUAAUCAAGGGCUGAGCAUAAAAUGCUGGGUAUGCAGGUCAGACUCUGAUCCAAAAUGUGCUGAUCCAUUCGACAACACCACUGUCCCUAUCACUGACUGUAAACAAGAACCAAAUUUGAAACAUCUUCCAGAAGUCAGACCUACAAUGUGCAGAAAAAUUCGUCAAAAGGUUAAUGGAGAGUGGAGAUACUUUAGAAGUUGUGCAUAUAUGGGUGAACCUGGUAUUGCUGGAGAUGAGAGGUUCUGUUUAAUGCGUACUGGAACCUACAAUAUAUUCAUGGAAUAUUGUACGUGUAAUAGUAAGGAUGGCUGCAACACCGGACCUAUAGUAUAUUCAAAUCGGUUUGCUAUCUUAUUUGUCGCAUUUUUUACUUAUGCCUUGACUCAAUAUACCAGAUAACCAAGUACGACAUGAACAAAAUGAAGCAGGGUUCAAUGUGAUAGUCAUCACAUUUGAACUGUAAUUUUUCAUGAUCUAGCCGUCCAGUUGUGUAAUAAUUAUAUCGGGUGACUUAUCAAAUUCCAAUAUUAUCUCACCCGUUGAGAAGGAUACUAGUAUAGACAAUCCAUCUAAUAGCCUAUAGACAUAGUAAAUUGGAGAAGCUAUAAAUAGAGAUAAUGAGCUUGUACAAAGUGAAACAUUAAAACAUCUCAGAGGGUUCAAUGAAAAAGACUUAACUAAGUAAGUCUAAUGUAGGAAGGCAGCUAAAAUUCAAGACUGGGUGAUGGGUAUCAAACUUUAAUAAGACAUCUAGAAUAUGAUGCCUUUGCAUUGAAUACUAGAUUUUCAGUUGUCCUUCAUUUUGCCACAACACAAUUAUACUCUUUUAAUCGUUAUCGUGAAUCACAAUUGACAGUGUCACUCAUUAAUAAUGAUUACUAUGAAUAGGAGCCGUUCGUAACAAUUCACAAAAGUUAUAGCAAAGCUUCAGCACUGAAAAAUAAUUUUUCAUUGCAUAGAUUAUUAUUAAGUGACACAAUAGUGCCUUGACAAAUAAAAGGAAUUCUCAAUAUUCACAGAAGUAUAUUAACAUUCGAAAUAGCGUUAAGUAAAAGUUGAUUGUCGGUUAACGGGAUUCAAAUGACACCGACAUGUUUGUUGUGUAACAUUAUCCCGUUACAACUUUUUAUAAUAUUUUCGUAAUCCGUCCAAAGUUUAUAAUCUCAAUCACUUAGAAUCUAAAAAUGAUUUAUAUAACUAUACAAGACGUUCUUAUAUUUUUGUACAAUACAAUCAUAUUUCAAUUUAAUAAAGACGUCAAUCUAUACAAUGAAAAAUA